AUGUCGCCACUCCUGCCCGCCCCUCCCCUCGCCUCAGGCCGGUAUAAUCGCCAACUCCUCCUCCCCCAACUCCGGCUCUCAGGUCAACUCCGGCUCCUCGACGCCAAAGUCCUCCUCAUUGGCCUCGGGGGGCUCGGGUCCCCUGCCUCCCUCUACCUUGCAGGCGCUGGAGUGGGGACCUUGGGCCUCAUGGACGGCGAUACGGUCGAGCUCGGCAACCUGCACCGGCAGAUCGGGCACAGCGAAGCGGCCGCUCAGGCAAGGUUGUCGAAAGUACAGAGCACCAUGCAGCGGUGUCGGGAGGUCAAUUCAAGUAUAAACUACGCCAUGCACGAAGAGAGGGCUCGUGCGGAGAAUGUACUCGAGAUCGUGGCACAGUAUGAUCUCGUGCUCGACUGUACAGAUAAUCCGGCUACGAGAUAUCUCAUUUCGGAUGCGUGUGUGGUGCUGAGGAAAGUGCUGAUUAGUGGUGCGGCGCAGAGGGGGGAAGGGAUGAUGGUAGUCUUGAAUUCACCACCAAUUUCUUAUCGUCGGUCUCUUAUUGACAGUGAACGAGAAACGGCGCGGGAGACGAUAGAGAAGGGGCCAUGCUACAGGUGCGUGUUUCCUCGUCCACCGCCCCCAGAGAUGGUACGUGGGUGCAGUGAGAUCGGCAUUCUAGGCCCCGUCGUCGGCGUCAUUGGGACAUUGAUGGCGAGUGAAGCCAUUAAAAUUAUUGUUGAUGGUGGACAUUCUCAGCCGACCUCUGGGGCUGUGAGGGGUUUGGCGAUUGGCCGUCCGGAACAAAAGCAAACACAAAAUCAACCACCAGCACAUAUGCAAAGUGAGCAGAAGCAAAAACAAAAACAGGCAACAGGUCACACGAUGCUUUUAUACAACACAUACUCCGCGGACCCACGCGGGAUGUUCCGAACAAUCACGCUGCGUGGGCGGCGGAAGGACUGCACAGCAUGUGGGGAUGACGAGGCUCUUGCCCGUAAGGGCUUGAACAGGAUCUCUGCCGAGAACAUCGCGCAGGGUCGCUUAGAUUAUCAGGCUUUCUGUGGCAUGGAAGAGGAUGUCAAGGUCCUCGGGGAGAAAGAAAGGGUUGAGGCAAGAGAGUUUCUUGACGCAAUAUAUUCACAUUCAAAUUCGUCAUAUUUGGAGCAGGUCGAAGAGAGAAAUGGAUCUGCGAAGGAAAGCGGCAAAUGCAGGGGAAUAGUGAUCGAUGUCCGCGAAGAGCACGAGUAUGAACUUGGGCCGAAAGUCCGAGGGAGCGUGAAUAUCCCGAUGUCGCGGAUCCAGAGGCUUGGAGGAGCGGCAUUCGACGGUCUCGUUCUGGGUUGUCUGGAUGAGAGGGUGGAUGGAGGUAUGGUGGAUCAAGAGAUGCAUAUUCCUGUCACAAAAUGUAAUGGGUUCCGCAACGCCGGGUUACAGGAUGAUGGACAAUAUCCACACGCUGAACUGUAUCCCAACGGCGACGCAGAAGACAUUAACGAGGAAGACCCGGAAUCAGUAUACUUCGUCUGUCAACGCGGGAACGAUAGCCAAAUCGCGGCGAAGAAGCUGAUUGAGCGGAUCAAAGCUGAGGCGGAGACAGCAGACAACGGUGUGUCGCCGAUUAAAAGGAAGAAAUGGGGAUGGAUCGGUGAUGUCAAGGGAGGAUAUGUCGCGAUGGAGAAGCAUUUGAACGUAUCAUAA